AUGACUAAACAUCCGCUCUCCGACUAUAAAGUACAUAUAAUACAAUCAAUUCAAAAUAUUCUUCGAACAUGCACUUUAACUGCAUCUUUGCUUGCUUCAAUAAUGCCAAGACCGAGGAGUUCUGGACUUAAAAUUAGAGGGCUCAGACCAUUUGGAAGUUAUAUUGAUAUCCAAAAGUAUUACCGCAAAGUAACCGCUAUAUAUGAAGAUGCAAAUCAUUGCAAACGUACAGGAUUUGCUCUUGUAGAGCGAGUUGCUGAUGUUGAAAAAUAUAUUAAUGAAUUAGAAUCACAUAAAAGUGAUUAUGAUUAUUGUAAAUUUUUGGCUAAACCGGAAACAUAUCAAGGAUUUCAUGAAUUAAAUAAUUGUAUAGUUAAUAUUGUAAAUUUUGUUGAAAAGGUUUCGCAAAUCGAAGGAUUGGCAAGUUUUAAAUCACUAAAUGAAAUCGAACAACAAUUCCGUGAAAUUGAAAAGAAUUUUGAUGAAUAUGAUGAAUUAAAAAAGGAUAGUCUAGAAAUAAAGAGAUUUUUUGAAAAUAAUCCAGGAGUUGCAGAUGAAAAUGGCUUUAUUGCUUCGGAGAUCAUAGAAUUUUUAAAAGCAGCAAAAGAAAUCAAAGAAGAGAAAUCUAUAAACUUCGAUUAUGUCAGAAAUCCUCUUAAACCGGUCUUCCAAAGUUUGCUUGAAGAUGCUGAGGAUUUCAAUAUUCAGGGUUACAAAGUUACAGAAGAGAAUCCACCGCGUGGAUGCAAUAUUAAAAAAUGGACAAAUGGUGAAACACACAUAGCAGUUAAAGAAAUAAACAUGAAAAAUUUUCAUGACUAUACAGCAAAACAAAUUGGAAAACAAAUAGACAUUCUCAGAAAACUUAGAAGAAUCCCUCAUAUAAUUGAAUUCUAUGGCACAUUUACCGAUGAAACAAAAAUUUAUAUUGUCACAGAAUGGUUAGAAUACGGAAACUUGAAAGAAUACUAUGAAAAGUUUAGACCACUAAAUUUGGAGAAAAAAGUAGAGUUUGUAGUUGAUAUUAGUCGUGGGCUAAUUUAUUUGCACACAUUAAAGAUUCUACAUCGUGACAUUAGAUCAAUUAAUGUACUAAUUACGAAGGAUCAUAAAUCCAAAAUUGCUAACUUUGGUAUUAGUCGUGGGUUCAACGAAGGUACUAGAAAUAUUGGUGAAACAAUAGAUACAAUACGAUAUAUGGCUCCUGAAAAAUUAAAACAAAAUUACGAGUAUGAUUUUAAUUGUGAAAUCUAUAGUUUUGGAAUGCUUAUUUGGGAAAUUGCCGAGGAAAAGAUUCCAUAUUUAAACUAUAAUAAUCCUGUAGAAAUUCGAACCAAGAUUGAAAAUGGAGAACAUGAACCAUUUUCCGAAAAUGUGCCAGAAAAAUGGAAGGAAGCAUUUUAUAAAGCAACAUCUAAGGAUCCAAAGAAUCGUUCUAAGAUUUCUGAAAUAAUGGAAACCUUGUGUAAUACAAAACGACCUCUAAGCGAAUAUGAAUCCAGAGUGAUUAUUAAUUUUACAUCAUUUAAAUUUGAAUUGUCACUAGAAGAUGCGAUUAAAGAAUAUAAUAAGAAAAAUGGUAACAAAACAAAAGCCUGGGAAUGUUUUAGACAGCAAGCAGAACUUGGCAUUUCUGAGGCCAAAUUUUGGGCAGGAUUAUAUCUUGUUGAUGGAAGAAACGAAAUCAGCGCAGCAAAGUACUUUAAAGAAUGUGCAGAAGAAAUUAAUAAACCAGAAGCACAAUUGUAUUAUGGCUAUUGCCUUUGGAAUGGGAAAGGUGUCGAAAAAAAUACCAAACAAGCUAUUGAGUACUUUGAAAAAGCUUCAUCUCAGGGAAAUCCGAUCGCAAUGUUCAAUUAUGGUGGAUGUUUGUAUCAUGGCAUAG